GGAGCUUUCACUGCUUGUUGAAGGGCUGUCAACACAAUGGGGCGCCUGUUUCUGCUCCUGGUUGUCACUCUCUCCCUACUCACCUGCCAGGUUUUGUGCUCCGGUGUGUUUGAGCUGAAGCUGCAGGAGUUCCUCAACAAGAAAGGGAUACCGGGGAACUCAAACUGCUGCCCCGGGGGCUCUGCUCAUCCGCAGGGCCACAACCAGCAGUGUGAGUGCAAGACUUUCUUUCGGGUUUGUCUGAAGCAUUACCAGACUAACGUCUCCCCCGAGCCUCCCUGCACCUAUGGCGGGGCUGUGACUCCCGUCCUCGGCUCCAACUCCUUCCAGGUGCCGGAGACCAACGCAGACAGCUUCACCAAUCCAAUCCGCUUCCUCUUCGGCUUCACAUGGCCGGGGACGUUUUCACUGAUCAUUGAAGCUCUGCACACUGACUCCCUGGACGACCUGGCAACAGACAACCCGGAGCGUCUGAUCAGCAGGAUCACCACUCAGCGCCACCUCACCGUGGGAGACGAGUGGUACAAGGAUAUGCAGACAGCCGGCAGAACUGAGCUGCGUUACUCCUACCGCUUCCUGUGUGAUGAGCACUACUACGGCGACGGCUGCUCUGUCUUCUGCCGGCCCAGAGACGAUGCUUUUGGGCACUUCACCUGCGGCGAGCGCGGGGAGAUCAUAUGCAACUCUGGCUGGAAGGGACAAUACUGCACUGAAUCAAUCUGUCUUCCUGGUUGUGAUGAAGAACAUGGCUUUUGUGAUAAACCUGGAGAGUGCAAGUGUAGAGUGGGCUUCAGUGGCCGUUACUGUGAUGACUGCAUCCGUUACCCAGGCUGCCUCCAUGGCACCUGCCAACAGCCCUGGCAAUGUAACUGCCAGGAGGGAUGGGGUGGGCUCUUCUGCAACCAGGAUCUGAACUACUGUACACACCAUAAGCCCUGUCUUAAUGGAGCCACCUGUACCAACACUGGCCAGGGUAGCUACACUUGUACCUGUCUGCCUGGAUACACGGGUUCCGGUUGUGAGAUCGAGGUCAACGAAUGUUCUGGAAACCCCUGUCGCAACGGAGGCAGCUGCACUGACAACGAUAACGGCUAUAAGUGCACCUGCCCACCUGGUUUCUAUGGCAACAACUGUGAGUUAAGCGCCAAUACCUGUGCAGAUGGGCCUUGCUUCAAUGGCGGGCGUUGUGCUGACAACCCUGAAGGAGGCUACUUCUGUCAGUGCCCGAUGGGAUACGCUGGCUUCAAUUGCGAGAAGAAAAUCGAUCACUGCUCCUCUAACCCCUGUUUGAACGGUGCAGAAUGUGUGGAUCUGGUGAACUCCUACCUUUGUCAGUGUCCUGAUGGAUUUUCAGGUCCAAACUGCGAGGACAGCAGCAGCAUCUCUGGAUACUGUCUGUCCUUCCCUUGUCAAAACGGUGGGACGUGUCAGGAGGAAGUGAAUGGCUACACUUGUAACUGUCCCCCAGGAUAUACAGGUGAAAACUGCAGCUCCCCCAUCUCCCGCUGCCAUCACAACCCCUGCCACAAUGGAGCCACCUGCCAUGAGCGUGGCGGUCGCUACGUGUGCGCCUGUGUGCCCGGCUAUGGGGGUCACAACUGCCAGUUCCUCUUACCAGAGGUUCCCAGGGGUCAGCCGGUGGUGGAUGGCCCGGAUCGGCGAUAUUCUUCUCUAGAAAAUGAAAAUAUUGAAGACGAGGAGGAUGACGAGCGUGGAUUCCCCUGGACCGCUGUGUGUGCCGGAGUCUUCCUCGUUCUUGUGAUUCUGAUCGGCUGCUCAGUGCUGGUGGUCUACAUUCGGGUCAAACUGCAGGAGAGGCACAGUCACCACGGCGACAGUGUCCACAGCGACAGCCACGAGACCAUGAACAACCUGACGACCACAAACAAUUGUCUCCGCAGUGACAAGGAACUGGGUACUAUGAUGACAGCGUCAAUUAAAAACACCAACAAGAAGGUGGAUUACCAUUCAGACCUCGAUGGGUCACUGGGGGGUCUGAGUGGAAUCAGUGGGCUUACCGGGUCAGAGAAGAACGGCUUUAAGACCCGCUACCCCACUGUGGAGUACAACCUGGUUCAUGAGCUCCGGCCUGAGGAGCUGUCGCUGUGUAAAGAAGAGGAGCGUGAUGAGCCAGAGGUUAAAUGUGAAAUGUUUGAUGAGUCCGACUCGGAGGAAAGAUACAGGAAGAGACAAAUCAGUGACGCAUCAGAAAUGAAACAAGUAGACGAGUCACCAAGCUGCAGCGAAGCAAAAUAUCAGUCGUCCAGCGAGUUGAACUAUCACGCAGCAAGUGAUCUUAAAUACCAGUCAACCAGCGACGUAAAAUACCAGUCAACCAGUGAAGUUGAAUAUCACAGCUCCAGUGACAGCAGGCACCACUGUGCCAACGGCACCAAAUACCAGUCUGUCUACGUCAUGUCGGACCAAAAAGAUGAAUGUAUCAUUGCUACGGAGGUAUGA